AUUUCAGACAGAGAAUUGAGAAUUGAAGAAUGGAGAAAAUUGUUUUAUUAACAUGGAUUAUGGUACUAGCUACACCAGUUUAUUGCAAAUACUAUUCGAAAAGCGUGCCGUACGAACCAGUACGUUUACAAAAGACGAACCUUCGUUUCUACCUUCACGAUAUUUUGAGCGGACCGAAUCCAACGGCUGUGCCGAUAGUUCGUCCAAAUCAGUUCGGUGCAUUAGUAGCCAUUGAUGAUCCACUGACGGAAGGGCCGGAGAUAACUUCGAAGAAAAUCGGCAACGCGCGUGGGAUGUACAUAUUAGCCAGUCAGGGCACUGAUCUGACUCUGGUUUUGUAUGUGGAUCUUGGUUUUACGACCGGUGAGUUUAACGGGAGUUCGUUGAGCGUGCUUUCGAGAAACCCGAUUUUGGAGAAUCCGAGGGAGAUGGCGGUUGUCGGAGGGAGAGGGCGGUUCCGGCAAGCUAGUGGAUUCAUUACUGUCAAGACUCAGUACCUUAAUACUACUACCGGCGACGCUGUUCUCGAGUAUAAUGUGGAGGUUGUUCAUCCUUGAUGGAUUUUAUUUAUGUUUGUUUAUUUU